AUGCAUGGACAAACACGACUCUCCAGGCAGACGCGCAAUAUUUCCCGAUUGGGUGUUAGGCAGAACGCGAAGGCACAUGACAUCAUUAAUGGAAGGUGCGUGGACAUUGCACGUAGUAAGUGUACAUACUUCGGGUCCAAUGAAAAGCCGUUGCACCUGUCAUAUUCCGCAGGACGGCUAGAUAUCCACUACGCUGUUAACUCAAAGGCGCAACAGACAUUUAUUGGGGGCGUUAUUGCUUUCCGAGUGCUCCCUCGUCCUCAGUUCUCAGCGUUGCAAACUUCGAUAUUCCCGGUGUACUUCACGCUUCAGUCCGCACUCCCCGUAGUUAUCGCCUUGACUUCCAGCAAAGGUGGCCAGCUCAAUGGCAUUUCCGGACUUCUCGCUCCUGAAAGUCGAUUUGGGACACUCCUGCCUCUCGCAACUGUUGCAGUGUCUGGGCUGAUCAAUCAGGUCAUCCUGCGCCCACUCACUGUCAGGACGAUGAAAGAGAGGAAGCACCAGGAAACUCGUGAUGGCAAGAAGAGCUACGACCCUGCACCCCACUCAAAGGAGAUGAUGGCUCUGAACAAGAAAUUCGGCAGACUUCAUGGUCUGUCAAGUCUGAUCAACAUGGUCAGCCUUAUUGCUACAGUCUAUUACGGUGUAGUUCUCAGCAAGCGCUUGUCUUGA